UUUAUGUGCCCACACCAUAGCUACAACCACGGCCACGGCUUCUAAACUGUUCUAAGAGAAGCAGAACGCCGGUCCCAAAAAAUGGAGCAGAGUUUUAUCAUGAUCAAGCCCGAUGGAGUCCAAAGAGGCCUGGUUGGAGAGAUUAUCAGUAGGUUUGAGAAGAAGGGCUUUUCUCUUAAAGGCUUGAAGUUUAUGUCUGUGGACCGUGCUUUUGCUGAGAACCAUUACGCUGAUCUUGCUGGAAAGCCCUUUUUCAAUGGGUUGAUUGAGUACAUAAUUUCUGGCCCCGUUGUGGCCAUGAUCUGGGAGGGGAAGAAUGUUGUGGCAACUGGUAGGAAGAUCAUUGGAGCCACGAAGCCAGUAGAAUCUGACGUAGGAACCAUCCGUGGUGACUUUGCAAUUGAUGUUGGGAGGAACAUCAUUCAUGGAAGUGAUUCGGUGGAGAGUGCGAGGAAGGAAAUUGCUCUUUGGUUCCCGGAGGGUCCUGUUAGCUGGCAGAGCAGCCUUCAUUCCUGGAUCUACGAGUGAGAAAAUCAAUCCUGUCCAACUAUCCCAUCCCGUCCAGCCCUUUGUUUUUCAUCUCUUUUUAAUGGUUGAUGCUACCAAGCUUUUUGCUGAUGUUAAGUUAAAAGACAAUAGUAUCUGUUUAAUCAAUGGCUGGAUAUAUGCAUGGUGGAAUGGUGUUUUUUAGUAGUUGUUUGCCAUCGUGGUAACGCUUGCAGGCUAUUGAGAGAGGAUUCAAACCUACCUCAUGUUACUUUGUUAUAAAUUUGCGGUGUGAUGGAUUUGGACUUGGCUUGAAA